UUGAAAUUUCAGUAGCGACGGCUAUGUUUGUAUGACUUUAUUGUAGGUCACCAGAAAUUGUGUUUCGGAACUCAGAAGCAGUCUACUAACUAUGAAAUCCAGAACAUACAGGUCGAGAGCACAGGCGGGCUGAGGACUUCAAAGUGAAAAGAACGUAGUUUUUGGUUUCAGUCGAUACAUGGUAGGCUAUAUUGUUUGUUUUUUAUGGGUUACUGGAGCGGGCGACCGCAGGAAUGAAAACACCUUUGUGACAGCGGUUCAACAAACAUGUAGGCUAGUAGAUGCGUGUUUGAGUGUGUUCUUUUUCUUAUGUUGUUUAAAUAUCUGCAAAAGGGAUGCUAAAAGUGUUUAACAGCUCAUUUUGGGUAUUCACCACACAUUUUCAUUUGCUUAGAUUGCUUGUUUGUAGGAUAUAGUCUUGCAGUCUUAUACACCACAUUACGAGAACUUUUAAUAUUGUUUUUUGGGCCCUUCCACAUGUCUUCAGGAAUAAACUUGAAACGUGCUGCACGAAAUCGAAUAUAUUAGCCUACAAAACUGCCGACACGCCCCAUAAUUGUUUCACAACCUUUUAUUUAACCCUAAUGUUUCGACGUGCUAUCCCUUAUAAUAAUCAUGUCUGUGCUUUUGCAGUCACAUUUAGAAACCUAUGUUAGUGUCAGUCUGACUUGAGCCCACCCUGAAAUGCCAAAAAGUCUUUUUUUUCCCCCACGAAGUAUCGUAGGAUGCUUGGAAAGGGUAGGCUACAGCUUUGCUUGAAUCCAGUUCAUUCUCUUUUUGGAAUGAUAAUGAUAAUUUCCCUGCAUAUUUCCAAAAAUGUAGUUCAGUGUUAAAUAUUUAAAGUGUGACUAUGGUAUUCCAGGCGUGGGAUUUAUUUUGUUAAGUGUGAAAAUCUUUUCGACGUGUGUUUUUGCAGUUUUUAUCAUUGUAAAGGAAUGUAUGUAAUAGCUUCAGAGCAGUAAUCGGAAAUACACUCCUUUCUGCCCCCUCCGCCACCACCAAACCUCUAGAGGUUCAGAACUAACGGGAUUGUUUAUUUAAGAACUAAUGAACGGCUGGCCAGAUUCAGUUCUUUGUACUGCUGCACGAGAAAAAAGAAUCGCGGUGUAAACCAGCACAAGAACAAUAAAUGCUGACACUAUUAAUGUUUUUCUUUUUCACCCUGUGAAAGCUAACGCUGUUUGGAAACUAAAAUGACAUCAUGGAUAAUAUUACAUCCCAGCAAGGCUUUCCUUUUUUCCUCUGUUAACCAAAUAACUUUUUCACUCCAGUCAAGGCUAUCAGUUGGCUGCCGUUUCUUUCCCGACAUUGAUUCCCUGUUGUGAGUUAUAGUGGUUUUAUCACUGGCUGAACACUUUUGCAAUAGCUUUCUAGAGAAACAAGAAAGGGACAUCCCAACGCACACACACACACACACACACACCAACUUCUACAACAAAACAAAACAUGAAUUUAACCUAAGUUCACUUUAAACCACAUCUUGCAGCUUGCAGUUGUGUAGCGAUGGACUUCGCAUCCUCAAUUUUGAUUUGUCUGGUUUUCUUAUGGCUCCUGAAUUUGGGCCGCUUCAGUUACGAUGCUUCAAUGCUUCAGUGUUCACUUGACCAGAUUCAGCCUGACUGGAUCAUUCUUUCAAACAAAUUCAGUUCUCUGAUUUGCAGUGUAUCAGAGACAUUGUGUACAGCUUGAAGUCAUCAGGUCGAUGCCAGAGAUGAUUUUCGAUCACCAGCCCUGUGACCUGGGAAUUUCUCCUCCCAGAUCUGAUCAUGUGUAUGUAUUUUGUGUGACUGUGCCCUGCAAAUGUCCUCAAAAUUUAUAGGGCCUCCUGGGCCAUGCCCUGCCCUCAGGAACAGGAUGUUAUGUGGAUGACAAGCUACAGCUCAACAUCAAGAUCAACAUUCCUGAUUCAAUUUCGGCACAAUGCUGCUCAAAAUGACAUUCAUGGGAUAUGCUGCUAUGCAAUGGUACUUAAGCUGCAUCCUAAUCGAAGGUUCUCAGCAUAAUUUAUCCACAGGCAUAAACUCAUCUAAGCCUGAAACUACCAGCCACAGUGCUGCAUCAUCGAACGAGAGAAUAAAGCGUCACAUAUUUGCAAAACAACAUAUACAAAAUGGCCAUUAGGCCAGUUUUCUUCACUUAGAUGUUUUAUAAGAAACUUAUGCGCAAGGAGUGUGCAAAAUUGACAAAUUAAUAUGGUAUAUUAAUGGGACUGACUAGAGGUUGUCAUAUAUUUUGCUUGCAUGACAGACACUUAAGGGCAGGGUGCCUGAAGUCACAUCUUUCAGGACCUAUGUUGUUGUCUUUCCCUUCCUCCAGUUGGUUUGCAGAAUAUCCUUCUCCUCAUAUGGAUGGACUGAAUGAAGUGUAUUUUGUCCUUUGAGAAUUUCCAUUGGCUUAUUUAGGUCUGCCUGUCCAUGGUUCUUGAGUCACUUUAUCGAUAGUAUCUUAGUUAAGGCUGCUGUUGUAUAUAAAACUAAUUAUGCUUUAUUCCUCAACUUGAAGUUACAAAUGUGUGCACAUAUGAGCCUAUUGCGUCUUAUACCUUAUUAAAAAUAAUGCAAAUGGACUGAGUAUUAUAUUAGCAAAAAAUAACAUACAUUUUCUGGAAUGAAUUCAUGAAAUGGAGACCAACUGUAUUCUGUCAUUUGAAUUAGACUUUGUGCCUCAUUUCCUUCAGCCACAUACCAGUUGUGUUACUCAGCAACUUGCUUUUCAUGUGCAGUGUGUUGCUCUGUGACAUCAACAGUUCUGUUGUUUUUCUGACCACGUUAAAUGAAUCACAGUUCCUCAGAACAAAUCAUGCUUUUGGGAUCCUUUUUACAGGUUAUUCACUGAGGGGUAAUGAAUAUGAUUUGGGGAUUCCCCUCAUAGACUAAUGCGACUUAAGUCUUACUCCAGCUGCUGUUUCACCUCUGCUGUCCUGACCGCAUCCGUCUGCAUACCACUUAGUUCCAGCAGUUCAUUUCUGUCAGGCUUGUCUUCCCCCCUGAGUGGGAAGAUAUAGGAUAUGGCAGAAAGUGGCAAAACCUUUGACUAUUUGAAGUAACGGCUGUAGUUGGAGAAUGCCUCUUUUGGCCAGUGUUUCUGAAAACUGAGUGGGCUUCAUAAACAUUUUCAAAAUGUGAAAAAUGCCCCCAGCUUCAAACAUCAGUUUUUCUAAUGAGGAAAAUUUAAAAAUCCUCCUCUUAAACCCCCCUCCCCCCCUUAAAAAAAAAAAAAGUGAUUACUGUAUAGUGCUUUGUGUGGAGGACUGGCUUUGCAUGGCCAUCAAUGGGCUCCUUGUGGUUUGUUUUGAAACCAUCGGUGACCCUGUUGGGAGCUCAGGAAAGCCAGGUCAGAUUUCUCAGUGUUAUGAAAUGUGAAUGGGAGCGGUUGCCAGGUGCUUUGCUCGCCCUCCUCAGAUGGCCUUGAUGUGUCAUUUUCAUAAUUACAAGGCAGCCGUAAUUUAUCGUGGUCCUGAUUGCAUGGUGUGACCUGUGAGGACCAGUCACACUGUUCGUCAAAUAUCACUGUUUGGGUAAGCAGGCCAAAGAAGCUCACGUGUUUUGAAGGGGAUGAUUUUCUGUAGUUGGGGAUUUUUUUCCUGUUUUCUGGAAUUUUAGUAGUUAAGCCAUGCUUUUUUCUUUUCUUCAGUCAUCAUAUGAGUUCACUGUCUCAUCAGUUCAUAAUAUAACACAUUUUACUGUAAUUCCAUUCUCUGGCCUGGACACUGUUACUUUCAAAUUACCAUGUGACCACAACUGUGGGUCUGGGAUUUAUUAUAUUUCUUUUGAUAGAGCAGACUGUGAUGCAAUUCUCCGAAGACUUGUUUUUCAAUUGGUAGAAGCUGUGGUUUUAAUUUGGCUCACUUUUUGUUGUGUGAAUCUGAAUCGUCCCUCAGGAUCCAGUGAGAUUGCUCUUAUUUGGUGAAAUUGCAAUGCAAGCACCCACACUGGAUUAAACCCUGUCAUCCUUUCUUAUUUCAGAAAUGACCUCAGUCAUCUAAGGAUUAACCUCUUUUUGGGAUAUGACGACAUGUAAACCGUUCAUCAUGUGAUAAGUCGACUGUAACACUGAUAAAAUAUUUUACUCUGAGUUGAAAAUUGGAAGACAUUCAGACGAGCCAAAUAUCUUCCUCCUGACGUAGAAAACAGAGGAGGAAACGCUAAAGAGGGAAAUGAGGUGAAUGGAGUUUAUACCCCCUAAGGAUGAAAUCUUGGGCAGAGUAAGAAGAAACCCUGGUGAUCCUCUGAAACGUCUGCAGCUACUAAACAUGCUACUGUUUGAGCACGGUGCAUGAUACACACGGCUGUGUCAGAGAGGAAGGUAUUCCCAGCCCAUAAAAAGGCCAGCUAGUUCAGAUAACUGGUCUUUGAUAUCCAUACUUAAAAGCCUCUUCUUUUUUCCUUCUUUUUUUUUGUAACUCUUGGUCGUUCUUGACAAGUCGGUAUAAAAUUGCCAUAGAGGCAAUUGUGGUUGUAAACUUCUUUUCUUCUUUUCCUUAGCCAAACACUGAUGUCUGGUUUGCUGGAAUGUUCCUGCUCUGUUUGUUUUCAGCACUGCUCUGCCAAAGCAGUCUUGUCUGAAGGUCAGCGAGAAGCUCACUUAGAAUCACAGCUCUGGCUGAGUCACAGUCAUGAACACUUCCCCCUCAGAUAAAAAAGAACUGUGCUCACAGUAGCCUGUUUCCUUGACUGGCCUCCUAGGUAUAAAGUUCUGAUGCAGUUUUCAAUGGACCACUGCAGAUCAUAGCAGCAGAUCAUGGAAGCUUACUAUGAGGUAAACAAGUGAGUUGUAAGAGGGUGAUGGGAGGUUGCUUAGGCUUGUUAUAAAAAGAUACAUUUCUACAGAUGAGAGACCGAGGUGAUGAGGGAGGAGCCAGUGGUAUGUGAUGGAGGGGAGAGAGGAAGGUAAAGAAGAGAAAGCACCAGAAUGCCAGUCCCUCAUGCUGCAAGCAGUCUGUCCAUCCAUCCGUGCCUUCUGUGGGAAUGCAACGACUGUUAUUUCCCCCCCAUGUGCUGGGGAAGGAACAUGAAUUAUGAAACAAAAACAACAAUCGCGCUCUUCAGUGAAACGGGUCUGAGGGCUUCAUUCAGCACAGCGUUUCUGUAUGGGCAUUUCAGGCUAUUGGGCGUUCUUUUCAUAGAGAAAUUUUAAAGGCCAUUGAGGACAGCAUAACAAGCGACUCGUUUUUUACAGUACAAUGUUGUGCCGUACUGAGCAGAAAGCCCUCCCCUUUGUAAACCAAGUAAUACACACAGAUACUAAGGCUGCCGUACAAAGGCUUUUUGAUGUGCUCUCCCACAUUCUCCCGCAAUCUCUGUUUACCACAGUAGCUAAAGUGGGGCUGUGCUUUCAGUGCAUCUAUGUAGGCUGAAGAGGUUUAACCAGAAGGGGACCUCUACUCCCCCUCUCCACGUAAGAAUGUAGUCAUUGCACAUUACUGUAAUGCUUAUUGUUUUCCUGUGGUUUUGCCAUACACUCUGUAAGCCAACGCACUCACUCACACACACAUGCACACGUGCAAGCAUACAUUCAUUUUCUGAAGGCUCAUUGUUUUGGUUGGAUGAAUGUUGACAGCGUUUAGAGACUUAUUUGUGAUUGAGUGCGUGUGCGUAAGUUCCCCAAAUGAAUCCCUUUAAGUGUGAAUCUGGGCUAACUUAACUUGUUAAGGAACCAUUCACUUACAAAAAAGCAUGGAAGUCUAUUAAAUUAACAGUGAAUUUUUCCAGAAUGUCUGUGGUGUGGCAGAGCACAUCUGUAUAUUUUUCAGAGAACUGCAGUACUGGUGCGCGGCGUCCUUUACAGCCAUAAUCCUGUAUGUCUUCACCAUGUCAUUGGAAAUGCGACGCGAGAUCAAGAAAUGUUCUCUGCACUUUCGGUUUGGCAAGGCGCGGUAAUUGUGUCAGGAGAAAAAAAAUAAACCUGCUUUGGUCACUGAUCUUAACUGCCUCCUCACCGCAGAUCAUCUCUCUCCAGUGCUGAACCGGCUCGUCUCGGACCUGCAGUCCUUUCUGUUGGUCCUGGACAGUGAAAACCUCAGCUACAUCGCUCAGGCUCAGAAGAAGUCCAUUUCGGAUUUACUCACCAAGCUGCAGGAUGCCCCUGUGGAAGAUGCCGAAUACAUGAUCAUGAACUGUCCAUCUGGAGCAGCUAACAGCGAUCUCAGGGAAAACCAGUCAUCAGACACAGGUGGCCUCCUGGCCAAGGCUGACGUCAAUCACGUCCAAGAGCCGCCGUCCUCCGCCUCGGCUGAGUGGCUGCUAAAGGGGAGCCUGGGUCCCAUGGUACCCCCUGACCCCUCAGAAGAUGAGGAUUGCUAUGAAGAGGCAGAACCCUUUCUUCCAGGCAGCCAGCCCACAGACACAGUGGACUCAGACAGCAGUCACUACGAGUCAUACGGUGAGGAGGAUGACUUUGUGAAGGAUCGGGCUCACUACAUCCAGUGGACCGCCUCCCAGCCCUGUCUACGCCCCCUCCCGGAGUCACGUAUCUGUGGCUACCUCUGGAGGAAGAAGUGGCUGGGCCAGUGGACCAAGCAGCUCUUCAUCAUCCGCAACCAUCUCCUCCUGUGCUACAAGUGCGCUAAGGACCUACACCCGCUGCUUGAGGUGAGCCUGAAGGGCUGCCAUGUGGUCUACAAGUCAAAGCACAGCAAGAAGAUGCAGCACGAACUGAAGGUGGUUGCCAGUUCUGACACGGUGGUCAUGGGGUUUCAGAACUGCCAGCAGGCCGAGGAGUGGCGUAAGAUAAUUGAAGAGGUAAGCGGCUCCUCCUACUAUGAGAAGGAAUCCCACAGCUCCUCAUCGUUACUCAAGUGUGACAGGCAGGACUCUUGCAGGUCAAGUACUGUCCUUCAUUCAGACUCGGAUGAAGACAAGCUGUCUGGUCUGCCUUCUGCCCUUAGCAGUGUAGAAAUUAAGGAUAAGGAUAAGGGUCUCCUGAACGUGCUGAUGAACUGCCAGUGGCAGAGCCUGUGGUGCCAGGUGGAGGACGGGGUGCUGAAGAUGUUCCGGGACGAGGUGUGUGAGGAGAGCCCCCAGUACAGCGUGCAGCUGCGGGGCUGCGAGGUGCGGCCCGGACCCAACACGGCCCAGGCCUACCGCAUCACUGUCACGCAACACGGCGACCAGGUGGCGGUGCUGGAGGCCAGCUGUGCAGAUGAGAAAGAGCGCUGGGUCCAGCUCCUGCAGGACGGGAGCGCGAGUCAAGCUGAUCCUCUGUACGAGCGGCUGGACACCACACUGGACACCCGGACUGAGGGAGGGCUCAGUGGUCUUAUGGCACGCAGGUUCCCAACCUCCAACAUGUACAUAGAUGACCCCUUCCACCAGCUGUGUGGAGCAAGCCAUUCCCAGCCCAUCUACUCCAACUCUUCCAUUAUGGAUGACAUGUUCCAGAAGUCUCAAAAUGCUUCCAAGGAAGAUUCCGUGAUUUCCAAAGAAGUCUACUGCAACAACGAAGUUUUUGGCAACCACAGCAGGAAAACGACGGGCAACUCUGAGCGCGGGGUUGAGAAGCUGGACCUCGCCGGAAAGAGGAGGGUGCAGCUGAGGGCUGGGUCCGAGAUGAACCUGGUGACAGCAGGGAAGCCGGCCAAGCGCACCUCCUUCAGGCAGUCUCUGGCAUUCUGCGCAGAGAGGGCACAGGGAGGGUUCCUGACUCCCUUGCUGAGAAGGACAGCCUCGGCAAAAAACUCCCUAAAACGAGCUCCAUCUGCCCUCUUCAUUGAGAAAGGCAAGGUCUUGCAGAAGAGAAAGGAAUGGGAGACGAAGGCCUCUGCUUAAGACUGGUCAGCCAGUAAUCCCACACCUUGUACACAUUCCCUUCUUGUAUAAGUAUAUAUUGCACUGAAUAUAUUAUUACUGUGCAUGUGGAUCAUGCACUUGUUUUUUUUUUUUUUGUUCCUUUUUGAUACUUUUGUAUUAAUUAAAAACACCUGAAUAUGUUUUGGACUUUUCCUCUUCUGUUCAUUCUUUGUCAUUUAAAAAUGGUAUCCUUCCUGAUGGGAAGUGAUCUCCCCUACGAAUGAUGCACUCCCUUUCUCCAUUAAAACUACUAAUGUUCUCAAUGCUGUUUUUCUUUAAUUACAAUGUUAAUAUAAUUUGGAGUGCUGUGAAAACUAAACACAGAAAUUACAAAUUGAGGCUUAGAUAAGUCUUUCUGGUGCAGUUAUUUUCUUGUUUUUUCAAAGCAAUGUUUUCUGUAGUCAGUUGCCAGUUGCAUACAUCAGCCUCUUCAUUUUUAGGCCAGUUCAUGGCUUUCAUGCACUGUUACGUUCACUAAGUGGCACCUGCAGCAAUCCACUGUACUUAAAUGUAAAAUGUAUGAAUGGAUAGAAUGUGAUUAUCAGGUGCAAAUUAAUAUUUGAUAUGCGAAUCGCCUUUAUUUGGCCCCCUGAAAUAAAGUUUCUAUCAUCCAAAGAUACCUGUUCUCCACUUAAGAAAGGGCUGCUUCCAUAAAGGUGUCAUUCAAAUUGUUUAUUAAUAUUCAGGUUUCCCUUGAGACUACCCUGUGGUAUGCUGAUGUAAUGUCAUCAUCAGUUUUCAUUUGUGAAGAUGCAUUGAUGAGUGUGGUUGAUCUGACAGGCCCAUCACCCGCACUAGACAUAUCCGGCUCUGUCAAGAGGAAUAAUGACAAUGUGUGUAUUUCUUCAAUAAACAAAUGCUGGAUGAAGUCA